CAAACAAACCACGAUCCCACACCACAUCCACUCCCUUCUCGCACUCCGAAUAAGGACACUCUCAGUCUUUUCACCUCCGACCGGAAACAUCACCGGCGAAGUUUCAGAUUACGACGGCAGACUAAGAAACGGGAAAAUGGCGUGGUUGCUCUCUUUGAAGGCUCUGCUGAUGUCUGCCGGAGUCGUUUCCAUGGCUCUGGCUCUGAAGGUCUCUGUUCCUUUGGUUGCUGAGUUUUCAGUUGUGUACGUUUAUCUGAUUUGGAACUCCAUGAUCUCUUUCCUGAGGCCUCCUUACGUUUACAUUAUCAUCAACGGCAUCAUCAUCUCCAUCGUCGCAUCCACGCGCUUCCAGCACAAGGAAGCGGACGGUUACGCUGAGAUUCCUUCUGCAACUAAGAUUCCAGAGGAUGUGAGGUACAGGGAGAUUGUUCCGGAAUUUACUAUUCCAGAAUCGCCGGUGGCUCACGAACAGAUAGAGGAACUGAUUGUUUCGGAAGUGAAGGCUAUCGAGGCGAUUAAUUUGCAGAGAGAAGAGGUAAUUGCUCCGGAAGCGAAGGCUAUGGCGGAGGUGAUCUCGCAGAGAGAAGAAGUAAUCGUUCCGGAAGUGAAGGUUAUCGAGGCGAUUAGCUCCGUUGAGGCUGAAGCAGAAGAUGAGGAUAAAUUUGUAAUAUCGGACAUCCCGCCCUGGAAAUCGCCGGAGAAGAUGAAAUUGCCGGAGAAACCUCUCGUUUCCUCCAGGUUCGGCCACCGGAAAUCGUCUAAAGCGAGUCCUGAAGGCGGAAAAGCGCUUGGAGUUGUAUCGAAGGCGAAACGGCACGAGACGCUCGAGAACACGUGGAAGGCGAUAACGGAAGGCAGAGCAAUGCCGCUGAGCAGGCACAUGAAGAAGUGCGAGACCUGGGAGAAUCACGGCCGUCAGAUUUACGCCGGCCAGGUUGAGUCGUCGCCGGUGAAGAAAUCGGAAACUUUCAGGGACAGGACGAAUGAGACAUUGUCACCUCAGGCGAUGAAGCUGAGGAAGGAGCCGUCGCUGAGUCAGGACGAUUUGAAUCGGCGAGUGGAGGAUUUUAUUAGGAAGUUCAACGAGGAGAUGAGGUUGCAGAGGGAACAGUCGUUGAAGAAGUACUGGGAUAUGGUGAACCAUGGAGAUAACUGAAUCUACAGUCCAUUGGAACUUUUCUUCUUUUGGGUAAAUUUUGAUGGGGGCAAAAAAAAAAAAAAGGAAAUUACUUUAUUUUAUUUUUAUUUGUAAAAAAACCAAAAACAUUGGUAUCGUAAUUUAUAGAAAUGUUCUAUAAUAGCAAGAAAUUAUAGGUUUGUAAAA